AUGAAUGAAGAAUACGAUGUUGUGGUUUUAGGUACUGGUUUGACCGAAUGUGUUAUUUCAGGUCUUCUCUCCGUGAGUGGUAAGAAGGUUCUCCACAUGGAUCGUAACCCUUAUUAUGGAGGUGAAUCUGCUUCUCUCAACUUGGACCAAAUGUUUGAAAAGUUUAGAGGACAAGAUGCCAAGCCUCCCGCAUCCCUCGGUAGAAGCCGUGAUUAUAACAUUGAUUUAAUUCCAAAAUUCUUGAUGGCUAACGGUAAACUCGUAAAGAUUUUGAGAAUGACUGGUGUUACUCGUUAUAAUAUGGAAUUUGCUUUGGUCGAAGGAAGCUUUGUCUAUCACAAGGGAGAAAUCCAUAAAGUACCCAUUACACCAACCGAAGUUGCCAAAACACCCUUGUUGGGCUUCUUUGAGAAAUUGAAGGCUAAAAAGCUUGUUUCCUAUUUGUACGAUUAUGAUCAAAGCAAUCCAAAGACUCAUCAAGGAUUUGAUUGUACCAAAGACACAAUGGAAAAGAUCUACAAGUAUUAUGGUGUGAGCGACGACACCACUGACUUUUUGGGACACGCUGUUGCCUUGUACACGGAUGAUUCCUACAUGACCACUGUUCCUGCUAUUGAAGUUAUUGAGAGAAUGAGAUUGUACGAAGAAUCACUCAACAUGUACGGAAAGUCACCAUACGUUUAUCCAAUGUAUGGUUUGGGUGAAUUGCCACAAGUUUUUGCUCGUUUGUGUGCUGUUUAUGGUGGUACCUACAUGUUGGACAAGAGAGUUGACAGAAUUGUCUACGAUGAUAAUGGUCAUGUGGUUGGUGUUGAAUCGGGAGGUGAAGUUGCAAAAUGUAAGAUGGUUGUCGGAGAUCCAAGCUAUUUCCCUGAGAAGGUUCGCAAGACUGGAAAGGUUAUUCGUGUCAUUUGCAUUCUCUCUCAUCCUGUGAAGAGCACUGAAAAUGCCAAGUCUACACAAAUUAUUUUCCCACAAAAGCAAACCGGAAGAAAGCAUGAUAUCUAUUGUUGUGUGACAUCAUUCACUCACCACGUUGCUCCAAAUGGCAAAUAUAUUGCUAUUGUUUCUACAACAGUUGAGACUGAUAACCCAGAGAACGAAGUUAAACUUGUUCUUGAUCUUUUGAACCCAAUUGAUGAGAAGUUUGUUUACAUUCUUGACACUUUUGCUCCAUUGGAGGAUGGAAAGAAGGAUGGUGUUUUCAUUUCCAAGUCCUAUGAUGCUACUACUCACUUUGAAUCUUGUGCUGUCGACAUUGUUGAUAUUUACGAGAGAAUUACUGGUGAGAAGUUUGACUGGAAUAAGAAGCCUGUUGAACCACAGGAACAAUAA